AUGCCAGCAAAAGUAUUCACGGUAACAUCGACUAGAACGACCACAUCAACGUCGAUCAGAAAGACUACGACAGCAUCAACAGCAAUACCGACUAGAACGACCACGGCAACAUCGACUAGAAUGACCACGGCAACAUCGACUAGAACAGCCACAGCAACAGCAACAUCGACUAGAACGACCACGGCAACAUCCACUAGAACGACCACGGUAACAUCGACUAGAAUGACCACGGCAACAUCGACUAGAACAGCCACAGCAACAGUACCAUCGACUAGAACGAUCACGGCAACAGUAACAUCGACUAGAACGACCACAGCAACAUCGACUAGAGCGAUCACGGCAACAGCAACACCGACUAGAACGAUCACGGCAACCGUAACAUCGACUAGAAUGGCCACAGCAACAGCAACAUCGACUAGAACGGUCACGGCAACAGCAACAUCAGCGACAAUACCGACUAGAACCACCACGGCAACAUCAACGGCAACGGCAACGUCAACAGCAGCAUCUACUAGAACGGCGACGACAGCGUCGACACCAACCUCAUCAUUAACAACACGCAGUGUUGGAGCUUCCACUGCUGGAGGUUGCAGUAAUCUAUAUGGCCAAUGUGGUGGAAUUGGAUGGACUGGUCCGACUGCAUGUUGUGAAGGAUCAAUUUGUAUUCUGAGCAAUGCCUACUAUUCACAAUGUCUGUCAGUUACAAAUAGUUCGGGUAAUAGUAUAGCUUCUAUAAUUUCGACCACAACUCCAUUUAGCGUGUUUUUAUUAUCCACUGUAUCUUCUAGUACUCGUAGUACUCUUGCUGGUUCUACGAGUAUCAGUGUAGGUUGA